AUGGCCCCUGUAUCUCCAUUACAGACAUCGCUCAGCCCAAGAAUACCUUCGACAGCCUUUGCUGCCACCUUUAAUCUCACCUUUACCACUUCAUCGGAUAGGAAACUAUCAAGACUUUCUUCGGCUGAAAAUCAACUCAAGGACAUGCUUGUCAACUAUAAGCUCGAACAACAGGGUUUUCCUCAGUAUUCAAGAUUCCCCCUCGAGAUUCAGCGAAAGAUCUGGAUACGUACACUCCCUGAUCCAAGGGUUAUCCCCAUUUCAUAUGACGAUAUCACCCAUGUUUGCCAGAGUACCAGUUCAGUUCCAAUAGCCUUGCACAUUUGUAGUACCUCUAGAAUUGAGGCACUGAGAUUCUAUUCGUUAUCUUUCGGUACCACGAACGGAAACGGCCGUAUCUACUUCAGAUUCGGUUUUGAUAUACCUCUCUUAUUGACCAAUAUCUUCGAUAGGACCCAACCUACUAAGCUGCCAGCUGAAAGGUUUGAAAGCUUCAUCAAUAGUACUCGGAACCUUGAAAGGCUUGAUGCAAUUGCUAUGAUACCCGGACUGAUCAAAUCGAUUUUUGGCCCUCAUCCGAGACCAUGCCCAUAUCUCUGCAACACAGUCGUCGAGAAGAUGCCAAAUUUGACGCAUCUGUUAUCUGCAAAUUGUACUAGGGAAACAGAUGAGCUACCUAUUGGUAUGUCUGGAUACCUUGCGGGUUAUAGGACCAUUGGCACCAAAGUAUGCAGUGAUCUAUCCUUAUCCAUGAAGGCUUAUGCACUGAAUGAAGACGCUCAACGCCGGACCGACAACUUCAAGAAGUUCUGGAAUGUUUAUUGGUGCCAGACUUAUCUAGAGCUGCAUGGCCUACCUUUAGUAUUGGUGCAGGAGAAGAACCUAGAAGUUGGUGAGGUCAGGCGAUUUUCUCGCAUAGGGGAUGAAUGGGGACAGUCCCCGUGGAUUCGAUCUGUGCUAGGCUAUUCCCGUCCAGAAGAGAUUUAA